CUCCAGGCCCAGGCCAUCGAGCUGAUUUGCCGCUGUGAUGAGAUUCCUGAUGACAAGGUGGAGCUCCACAUUCUGAAGAACCUGCUCACCGCGACCACCUCCACCACAUUCACCGUGCAUGGCCAGGCUCUGCUUCUGGCAGUGCGCACCUGCUACAACAUCUUUCUGAUGAGCCGCUCCGAAGUCAACCAGCAGACUGCCAAGGCCACCCUGACGCAAAUGCUGAACGUGGUGUUCCAGAGGAUGGAGGCGGACUCGGUGUAUGUCGAGGUGAAGCCCAUCAUGGUGACGGACGUGCUGGGCCUGCCCCGUAUCAAUCCCCAAGACACGGGCUCGCUUACGGCAGUUGUCCAGGUGGGUCUCCUCAGGCGAGCACCGGAAACAUUCUAUGGCUCACGAGUUCCAGCGGCAAGAGGAAAUACGAAGACCGCAGCGCCGCACAUGGGGGAAGAAAGCAGCGCUACCCCUGCGGCGGCGGAAGCCAUCAGCGGCGGCGGCGGCAGCUCGACUGCCACCCCCUCUACCGCAGCGGCUGGGGUGGCGGCAGCGUCGUCGCGGGCCAGCGCCGGCGGCAGCGACGCUGGCGGCAGCGUCACCUCCCAGUUUAUCGCUGACGCUGCGAGCCGUACGGCUGUACUGCAGCGUGACGCUUUCCUAGUGUUCCGCGCGCUCUGCAAGCUGUCCAUCCGUACUAACGAUAGUGCAACCUCCAACGACCCCACGGCGGUGCGUGGGAAGGUCCUGGCGUUGGAGCUGGUCAAGGUGCUGUUGGAGAACAGUGGGCCUGUUUUUCGCCGCACGGACAAGUUUCUGGCGGCCAUUCGUCAGUAUUUAUGUCUGUCGCUUAUCAAGAACAGCGCCUCGCCGCUGCCGGCGGCUCAAAGUCUUUCCGCGUCCAUCUUCAUGAGUCUGUUGGCGAGGUUCAGGGCAUCGCUGAAGGCGGAGGUCGGCGUCUUCUUUCCCAUGAUCAUGCUCAAGCCGUUCGAGGGAACCACGCCGGAGAACUACAGCAGGUUGGCGGUUGUUCUUCGCUGUCUCAAGGAGCUGUGCCACGACGGCCAGCUGCUGUUGGACCUGUUUGUCAACUUUGACUGCGAUCUGGAUUCCUCCAAUCUGUUUGAACGACUGGUCAACAGCUUGGUGCGGCAGGCGCAGCAGCCCGUGCAGGUACGAGGGGGGGGAAGAGGUGUGUACAGCUCCUCCGCCCUGGCGACUGCGGAGCAGGGACUGCGGCAGGAGGCACUGCUGUGUCUGGUGAAUGCCAUGGAGGCGAUAUGGACCUGGUACAGGCGCAACAUCUCGGGGAACACUGGGUUCGCCGCCGCCGCCGAUGACGACGGGGGGAUUGACGACGCGGACCUGGCGGCCGCGGCUGCGGCCGCCGCGGCCGCAGCUGGCGGCACCGGCGCUGACGCCAGCAUGGCUGGCGGCGGCGGACCUGAGGAUCUUGUUGCUAAGCGGGCGUACAAGCUCAAGUUCCAACAGGGCAUUGCACUCUUCAACAAAAAGCCCAAGAAGGGUGUGGAGUUUCUUCACCGCGAAGGCAUGUUGGGCGCCUUUCCGGAGGACGUGGCCAGCUUCCUCACUCGCGCCGAAGGACUGGACAAGACCACCAUCGGGGACUACCUGGGGGAGAGGGACGAGUACUGCCUCAAGGUGAUGCACGCCUAUGUUGACGCCAUGGACUUCACCAAUAUGGAGUUCGAUGCGGCCAUUCGGGCUUUCCUGCAGGGGUUCAGGCUCCCAGGCGAGGCCCAAAAGAUCGACCGGCUGAUGGAAAAGUUCGCUGAGCGCUUCGUCAAGUGCAACCCGGUGUCGUUCAAGUCUGCGGAUGUGGCGUACGUGCUGGCGUACUCGGUCAUCAUGCUCAACACGGACGCACACAACCCGCAGGUCAAGAACAAGAUGAGCAAGGCGGCCUUCCUCAAAAACAACCGGGGCAUCAACGACGGAGCGGACCUGCCGGAGGACUUCAUGUCGGCCUUGUACGACAGGAUUGUCAACCAGGAGAUCAAGAUGAAGGACGACGGCGGAGCGGCGGGCGCUGGAGCGGCCGCCCCGCAAGAGGCUGGUGGCCUGGCCGCCCCUGCCCGGGCGCUGUUUAAUACCUUGCUGGGACUUAUGGGUGGCCGCGGUCAGGCCGUCAGCUCGGGCCCUAGUGACGCCGCCAUUCGAGCCACCCUGGACUACCUGCACCAGCGGGCCGCCUCGGCCACCACCGUCACUGUGACCGAGCCAGAUGCGGUGCGGCCGCUGAUGGAAGUUAUUUGGGCGCCGUUGCUAGGUGCGCUUUCGACGCUGUACGACGAAUACGGAGACCCCAAGCUGGUGACGGUGUGUUUGAGUGGCUUUGUGGCGGCGGCGUGCCUGUCGGCGCAGACCGGCAUGACUCACCUCCGGGACGUGUUCCUCAACGCGCUCUGCAACUUCACCCACCUGCACUCCCCGGCCACCAUGCGCUACAAGAACGCACUAGCGUUCAAGUACGUGCUGAGGGUGGCGGAGACGGUGGGAGACCACCUGCAGGAGAGGUGGGUGGAUGUGCUGCGCUGCAUCAGCCGCUGGGAGCUGCUGCAACAGAUCGCCAGCGGCAUGCCGACCGAUGCGGCGCUGUUCCGACCGCCGGAAGACAACCGGGGCUCGAUCAAGGUGCGGUCUGUGCAGGGUGCAGGGUGGGCGAAGAGUGUCAACAGGGACAGGAGAGCUAAUUGGGCCAUGUUCGGUCCAAGCUCCCGUGGCGGUGCGCACCACCAUCACCCCCACCACCCCCAUCCGGGGGAUCCCUCGGCUGUUCCCGCGGAGGUUAUCAACAGUGUGGACAGCGGCGACCUGAACCGGGUGUUCCUGACCAGCGGUCAGCUCAACAGCGAGGCCAUUGUGGAGUUUGUCAAGGCGCUGACGGCUGUGAGUGCGGACGAGCUGCGGGACCCCCGCGCCCCCCGCGUGUUCUCCCUGACCAAGAUCGUGGAAGUGGCGCACUUCAACAUGACGCGGAUCCGCCUGGUGUGGAGCCGCAUCUGGGCCGUGCUGUCCGAGUACUUCAUUGCGGUGGGCUGCCACGCCAACCUGUCGCUGGCCAUGUACGCAGUGGACGCCCUGCGGCAGCUGGCCAUGAAGUUCCUGGAGCGGGACGAGCUGGCUAACUACACCUUCCAGAACGACUUUUUGAGGCCCUUUGUGGUGGUGAUGAGGCAAAGCCAGGCUGUUGAGAUCCGCGAGCUGAUUAUUCGCUGCCUCAGUCAGAUGAUACUGGCCCGGGUGACCAAUGUCAAGUCGGGCUGGAAGAGCAUGUUCAUGGUGUUCACCACGGCUGCGAACGACAGGGACCCCAUGAUCGUCAGGCUUGCGUUUGACACGAUUGAAAAGAUCGUUCGUGAGCACUUUACCCACAUCACGGAGACGGAGACCACCACUUUCACCGACUGCGUGAAUUGCCUGAUCGCCUUCACCAACAACCCGCAUUCCCUGGAUGUGGCGCUGAACUCCAUAGCCUUCCUGAGGUUCUGUGCCAUGAAGUUGGCGGAGGGCGCCAUCGGGGACGUCAACAUGUUGCCCGAGGGGACCCUGCCGCCACAGGCCCUACAGCACCACCCACUCAGAGUGCUCCGCUUCAUCGACCGGGACGAACACGUGUACUUUUGGUUCCCCCUGCUGGCCGGACUCAGUGAGCUGACAUUUGAUCCGCGACAGGAGAUCCGCCACAGCGCGCUGGAGGUACUGUUCGACAUCCUCCGCUUCCACGGGGGCUCCUUUGCUCAGUCGUUCUGGGUGCGAAUAUUCGACUCGGUGCUGCUGCCAAUAUUCGACCACGUGCGUGCGGAGGUGAGCAGCAGUAGUAGGGGUGUGACUGACACCACCACAUUCACCAGCGAGAAGCGGAGGCAGCAGGAGGACCACUGGCUGUAUGAGACGUGCACUCGCUGCCUGCAGCACUUGGUGGACUUGUUCGUGCAGUUUUACGACGAGGCCUUCACGCUGUUGUCCCGUUUGCUGGAUCUGCUCCGGGGCUUCAUGGUCCGCUCCCAUCAGAGCCUGGCGGCCGUGGGGGUGGCGGCGUUCGUGCGGCUAGCGGUCAAUGCAGGCCCCAUCAUGAAUGAGACCUGUUGGGACGAGGUCAUCGCCGCCCUGCUGGCACUCCUGGAGGAGACCUCACCCGACAACGCGGUCAUCAGCUCCGAAAUCACACCUGCCAGCGCCGGCAACAGCCCCAGCAGCCACGUGGUAUUGCCCGCGGGCGGCAGCGGUAGCAGCGGUGGUGGGGCCGGUGGUGGGGGUCGUGGGCCUCUGUUUACGUUGCGUGAGGGUGUGGGUGCUCGUCGUCUAGCCAAGUUCAGAUGCCAGGCGGCCACACAGCUGCUGCUGGUGCAGGGCUGCAGCGAGGUGUACGCGAAGGCGUCCCAGUCUCUCCCACCGGGUGCCGUACGAGGCCUCCUGGACGCCCUAGAUCUCAUGCACCGCCAUGCGCAUGCCACCGACAUGGACUUGGACCUGCGGCGCAGACUUGCCGACCGAGUAGCGGAGGACAAGGCGGUGGCGGACCCGCCGCUACUUCGCUUGGAGGUGGAGGCAGCCGCUGCCUACCUCUCUGUCAACCUGGCCAUCACCGCCAACGCCGGCCAGCCGGGCGCCUCCCCGGAUGCGGUCGCACUGGCCCGCCUCACCAACUCACAAGAGCGCCUGGUUCGGUUGUGCCUCACCACCCUGGCGCGAUACACGCUUGGGAACCACCCGCAGCAUGUUGCCGUUAUGCCGCAGCCUCGGUACAUCGUCGUGGGUCGUACGAGCAGUGGCGCGCCGGUGCUGAUGGCGCCGCCGGCAGUGGAGUUUGCUUCGUUUUCUCCGCUGGCGCUGUCCAGUUUGGUAGCGCUGGGAGAGUUGGAGGAAGCUACCUUCCGGCGUUAUCUGGGAGAGCUCUUUCCGUUGCUCACACAGCUGAUAAGGGCAGACUACGCGCCGCCAGACGUGCACCGGGCGCUAUCGACGUUGUUUGCGCGGCGGGUGCAGCCCAUGGUCCUGGCGGCGACGACAGGGCUGGCAGCGGGGUUAGGGGCGAGUGGAGCGGCUGCAGCGGCGGGUUCGUUCGGCGGUUUGGGCGGCAGGGCGUGAAACGUCCAAUAUUGGGACACGGGGAAGAGGCGGAGUGGAGGAGGGUGCGAGUAGGAUGUAGUGGGUGUAGGUAGCAGGUCAGGGAAAGGCAGUGUGGGUGUGCAUGUGGGAUUGAGGCGAUAGUAGUGAGUGGGUUUAUGUCACUCUGGGUGUGGAGCUCUUGACCGAUGUGUUCUACGUAUGUAUGUACGUGCAUGUGUGUAGGUGUUGUGCAUGUGCUUCUUGUGAUGAAUGGGAGGGGUAGGUAAGCACUGCACCGGCUGUGUAGAUGUGCAUUAGUGUGUGAUGUGUGCGUGUUCAAUGUAUCAAUGUGUGUCUUCCUCUUCGCGUGGUGGUGCGCUGCACGUCUUUGGACUUGGGGAGAGCUGACGAGACGAAAAUGUUCGACGUUUUCUUGUUUGUCUCUCUUAUUCUCAGAUCUGCACAUUAUGGACCUUUCUUGGCGAUAGCCUAGAUGUGCCGGUGGCUGGAUUUGGCACAUGCAGCAACAGAGGAAAGAAGGGUGAGCAGUGAACGGUACACACUAAUGAGGUUAGCAUGCUGGCGAGUUAAGUGCGGCGGGUGUUGUGCCCCGUGAACACCCAGGCCCCGUGAGGGCCCUGGGCCUCCUAUGCUGGUUCUAUCUGUGCACAUCACAUCCGCCUGAUGGGUCAAAUGCCGGUGGCCCAGGGAUGGGUUCCGUCUGAGUGUUGGUGCCGCAGCCAUUCGGCACCACCCACUGCCGCCGGUCUAACAGGCUGUAGCUGAAGCUGUAGUCCCAGCCCCUUGGGUUUUAGCCGGCCGGGAUGGUGAGGGCUCCUCUGUGGACUAUCGCCUUCUACCUAGCUGUGCGGGAAGGGAUUAUGUGUGUGUGUUACAUGGUUGGGGGUUGCGUGACCCCAUACCUGUAAAACUGCCUAU